AGCUAGUAAGUGGCAGUGGCGGUGGGUGGUUUUUGGUCCUCGACGACAGAUCGUGUUCUUUCGGGUGCAUGCUGUGGGUGGUUGGGUGGCUGUACCCAAGCUAACCUCGGUGGCGGCUUGUCCAUCGGAAUAGCGGACAGUUUUGCUCGGUAUUUCGUACGGAUCGGACGCAUAACGAAGGGCUUGCAACCGGAAAUCGGUACGACGGAAUAUUGUAAAACGUUUGAGUACUUGGUUUGGUUUUUCUUUUCGUUGUUGUUACGCACCAGCGUGUGGAUUACGCGGCUCAGUGCCUGACGGCAACAGUUUAUUGUCUAGUUGUUGUGAGACCCCGACUGUGUCGGUUAUGGUCUACGGCUGCGGUCACAAUGGUGUGAAGCACAUUCCUCAGCCUGAAUAUAUACAGUGGCGGAAACGAUUUAUAGGAUGAUUCAAAUUGCCAAACCUGUGCUACCGUUACUGAAUUAGGGUUUUGGGUAAAUGAAGUGAAGUUACGGUUGUUUAUGUGUGACCACAAUUCGGUUGGUCAGUGUUGUUUUUUUUUUCGUACGGUCUGUCGUUUUAUGCAGUGAUUUUUCAACGUGGUGACCAGUGAAUUGAUGCGACUCGGGUCAACAGUCAAGGCCAGUGAAGCGUGCAAAGCCGGAAUCUACCAGUAGAAAGAAAUAAAACGCAAAAUUGACAGCGUAGAUUGCUCCGGCAUAAUUUUCUCGUGGGAGAUUGUAAACGGCGUAUUAAUAUAUUGCUGCUGCCUGAAGCGUUAAACUACGUUUGAUGAAUUUUCCAAGAACAGCAGUUGAAGAGAACUGAUGAAAAUUUGGAACUUCGUCAGCCCUAGAUUCUUCUCCUGUCGUAAAAGUUAAGAAGCGAAGCGGCAAAUUACGAAAAUUUAAUAAUUGAUGUGCACGAAACGGUAAACAGUGGUCGUAUGUACGGAACGAGUAAGAGUGUAGGAAAAUACGGCUACUGUCAGAAGAAUUUACUGCUUAGCUAAAUACCAAAUGAGUGAAAGAUAAAGUUCGAAAUACUAACCCAGCCCGGAUUUGAUGUUUAUGCUAAACGGUAGCAGGUGAUGAACAUGAAACCGGUGUAGGAGAAGCCUCAUUUUGAAUGUUUAGUUCGUCUGUUUUUCUACGAUAAGCAGCGACAAACAGUCGUGAAAUACAUCAGUGAACCUUCCACUGUAGUGGAAAACUUUGCUAACCUGUGCUUCUGAAAAUGAUUGAACUGAUAGGUUCGCUACAGCUGAUCGGAUUCCAUCAGUAACUGCUAAAGUAUAUGCCAAAUUGAUGGAAAAAACUUACGAACAGUUCGACUAUCAUUCUGCAAAGAUUGAUCCUCAUCGAAAUGACCAGUUCGAUCAAGUAAAUUGCUAAAUCAACAGAGCAACUUCAACUGUUGAGCAGUCCAACAGUCGCGGACUGGACGAAGUUCGUUAAAAACACACGGUUCAUGAAAAUGCACACAAACAAACAGAGAAAAAAAUAAAACACACCUCCAAUACAGGAUCAACCGGAAUGUCGAUCGGUAUCGAAUGAAUGAAUUAUUUGAACAGCGCCUAUUUCCUGUUCCGAAUCGAAACAGCAUUGAAUUCUGCGGGGGAGAAGGCUGGUGGAACGCAAUAUAAACAAGAGAUAACACAGAACCAUCGACCAAAAAAACAGCAGUAAAAAUCGAACCUUUUCUCAUCUCGUACGGGAAAGUUAAUUAAAAGUGGCGAACGUCGCGUACAAGUGUAGUGCCCCUUGCAGCAGAAUGAAUCCCCGUGCCAGCGCGGUCCCGCUGCGACAGCAGCACCGGAAUCCGACACUGGCCGGCUGGCUGCUGAUUGGGGUUUGCAUCGUCAUACCAGUGAUAGACGCUCUACGGGAUGUCCAAGUCACCGUACCCCAGGCGGUCCGCAGGGGUGACAACGCGAUGCUAUACUGCCACUACGACAUGGAUGGCGAGAAUCUGUACUCGGUCAAGUGGUACAAAGGCCGGCGGGAGUUCUAUCGCUACACGCCCAAGGAGACCCCGGCGUUGAAAGUCUUCCCGGUUGCCGGCGUAAAGGUGAAACAAACCGCUUCCAAUGAGAGUCAACUGAUGCUGGUCGCCCUGAACAUGAUGUCAUCGGGCAAAUACAGCUGCGAGGUGUCAGCAGAUGCACCGUCCUUCCACACAAUGAUUGUCACGGGUGAUUUGGAAGUUUGUGAGGUCCCAAAGCAUGUACCGCUGGUUCAUGGAAUUCGACCCCGGUAUCGGGUUGGGGACAUCAUCCGGGGCAAUUGUACUUCGGCCCACUCUCGACCCGCAGCUAAUCUGACGUGGUACAUCAAUGAGGUUCAGGCUAAUCCCUCACACAUUCGCAUCCAUAAGCCGUUCCGAGACCACAAAACUGAUCUGGAAACAUCUGUCGUAGGGCUGCACUUCGUUGUGAGUGGACAUCACUUCCAGAAUGGCAAGUUGAAGAUUCGCUGCUCGGCUCGCAUCCACGAGAUUUACAUGCAAUCGACGGAGAAAUCCAUCGACGAGGAAAGGCCCCGAGUCAUCUCGGCAGCGUCCUCCUCUUCAUCCUCUUCCUCGUCAGCCAACAGUAACAGCAACAGCAUCAACCUGAUACAGAACAUCCCGUACGAUCAGUUCUCGCAGCUGGAUAAUGAGUUGGACCGGAAAGACUACAUUACACAUUUACAAGGCGACAUGUCAUCAUCGUCGGCAAGUGCGUCCAGGCUGACACGUUCAGAGCCAUCGAUCAGUUUAACCUGCUGGCGAUUCCUAGCGGGGGCGACCGGACUGCUGAUAGUUUUUCACCGUUUGCUCAAUUUUGACACCAUUUCCAUAACAUGAUUCCGUGAUGUGCAUUAGUGAUUCGAGCUUUUUGGUUCUAUUCUUUGCCGUUUUUGUUUUCGUUUUUCUUUUUCGUUCUUUCUUCUCGUUGGUGCUUUUUAUUCUGCUGAGUUGCUCACAGAUUUUCAUCGCGGCGUAGAGGAGUAGCUCGGCUCGUCUCGUCUCACGGGUCACGAGGCACGGAACACCGGUAGCAUAAAAAUCGAGUUCAGCUGGAAUGCGAAAGCUGCCUGUCUGGCUGGCUGGUUGCGAAACGGAUCCGGCGAACCUGGGCUGCGCGAUGGGAAAAUCGUGAUGAAGGUGUUAAUGGCGGCGAUGACGCUGAUUAAUGGAAUGUCUGGUGGAAGCGUGGAAAAUGUGUGAAAAUUUUUGGACGAGUGCAAUAGACUUAAGUGAAAUAGAGAGAGAGAGAGAGUGAGAGAGAGAGAGAGAGAAGUGAGAGAGGGGAAGAAAAAUGUAAUUGAAAAACCCCUAGAGCUGUUAGAUAAGGGAUAUAAAAUGUAAACUUUUCUUGAAUGUACACGCUGGCUGGCGAACGUCAUAUGACUUUGAACGAUAGUCAUCCAAUCCAUCUCGAAUGCUUUGACAAGUGAAAACUGUAGCGGGAGUUUCUUUCGUUUUAAUUUUUCUCAAGCAUCCAGUUCAAUUAGCAGAAAUCCAUCAAUACAGUAAUGAGUUCUACAAUGAUUGAGUUUCGUUAGCAUUUUAAAAUUGUUUAACUUAUGGACAGCAUAUUAAACUAAACUCUACAGCUGUGAUUUAGAGAAAUAUUUUCGCAACAAUUCUCAAGAGUAAUUUAAAUAAUUUUAUUUUCAGUAGGUAGUGAGCUUCAUCACGAGCGACUUGUCACACUCACUGUUAUCACCGAGAAAUUUUGGGCCAGAGAACAAAUUCUUUGUAUUCGAUCGUCUCAAGUCUAAAUCAAAACUUGCUUAAAUCUUGGCUAACACACGAUGUUGAUUUCUUUAUGAACAAAUGUUUCAGUAAAUUGAUUCCAAACAUAAAUUCACUUGUGGUCUAGAAAAAACAUAACUCUUUGCCAGAUUUUAAGGCAUAACUCAAGCAUUAUUUUGAAAAAUGUUUCUCAACUAAAUUCAGCGAAUAUAGCCUUCGUUCUGACUCAAGUUGAUGAAAUAAAUAGAUAAGUUGUUUUUUUAGAAAAAAACUGAAAUGAAAUUAAACGCAAAGUUCAUGUACGGCAUUCAAACAAUCAACAUCAGCCAAACUUAGCAUUUGUAAUUCCAUCACACUCCGCACGCCACUAAUCCGAUGGUGAAAUAUUCGUCGGCAUAUUAAAAGUGUAUUUCACCGCUCUGCUAUGCCUGCUCCCGGAUUUGCAUUUCCCCACUCGACGGCAUCACGAGCUAAAGCGAGAGCCUUCCCCAUUCAGCAAGAUAGAUUGUCAGUCAGAUCAUAAAGGCUUGUCAGCGUGCUUUCGCCGACUUGCAGAUGAAAUUUGGCAAGACAGACAAGAUGAAUGGUUUUUCCUGCUGUUAUGACUGUUUUGUGCUGUCAUUACCUCUGGCAUCGUCAUACGCAGUACGCAGUACCGUCGUCAUGCCGCUCGGCACAAUGAAAGGUCGAAGCGAAAUGCAAAUCAACCACCACCAAGCCUGGAGAGUGCCACGAUUGAUGAGCGAGUGCAAGAGUGCUGAUGUAACUUCUCGACAGCAGCAAGUCACUUUGGAAAUCGUUAAUUCAUAGAACAGGAUAAUGAAAAUCGCUUCCGCAUUAAUUUUCAUUUCUUUGUUUGCCUAUUUGUUAAAUCAAACUUUCAUGGUAAUUUCUGUUCGAAGAGAAUGAUAAAUUUAGAUUCGGGGAAAUAAUUGUAAUCUGACUGUAAGCAGCAUAUUUUUUGUUAAUUCCAUACAGCCCCGAAAACGUUCGCAAUAAAAAAUCCACUUCAUCACCAUCACAGCUUCAAUUUCAUCUUGUCGUCGCGGAUCACGACAAUUUCAAUCAUCUCUUCUUCUUCCAAACAACCAACCAACUGUUGCUGUACAGAGGUAGCGGUUGGGGAAGAAAAAUGUCCUCUAGUCCGGAAGCCUACCGGGGUAAGGUUGCUCGUGAUGAAGAUGUGCAAAAUGCAAAUGAAUAGACCAAAAUUAUAAAGACAAAUAUUGUGAAUCAAGCCAAACUGAAGCACUGGGUGAGCGGCAAAACUUCGGGAGAAUGGGGCAAAACCCGGAAGGGUUUACCUUCCCAUCAGACAAAGCGCAGUAAUAUAGUGAAAAGUGUAAAAAUAAACCAAAUAACGAGCGCCGCCGACGAAAAAAAUAAAUAAAUAAACUUACUUUGAAAAGGGAUGAAACAAACGAAAAUCGGGUCGCAAGUGGGAGCCCGUCACCACGCCGCGAAAACACUGUAAGGAGAAAGCUGGAUGGCAAAAAAAAAAAACAAAGUUUUAUGUACAUAUUAAGUAAGUAGAAGUAAGAAGCCAGACCCGAUGUUGGUCUGCGCCUGUAGUGUUACUUGACAGCAAAUAAAUGCGCAUAAAAAAAGUAUUACAGUGCAAGGAACAAAGUUGAAACAGUGUGAAAUUUCUGGAGCAAUUGUGUUGUUGAAUAUAUCUUGAUGCAAUCACCCCGUAAUUGAGGCAAUUGAGCGUGAAUGGAGUUAAUACUUUUAUGCUUUAGAGUAGACGAAAUUCAAUGAAUUUAUGUGUGAUAUAAAGAAGUAAAAUACUAAUAUUUAUGACAUAGAGAAACCUAUUGAGCAGAAAAGGUGAACAGUAUAGAUUAAUUAAUUGAUAAUUAUAGUACUGACAACGUAACUUCAAAUGCAAAUACACAAACUAUACUAUGA